AUGUCUCAAGAGCAAGGCUACAAUUACAUGAACAGCGGCAGUCAGCAUUACAUCGAUCCGAAUGGCGUGCCCUUGUCGAACGCACUCGAAUGCUCAUGCACAUGUGCCAACACCCAAACACCGAACAUCACCGCCUACCUCUACACCCUGCCAUCUUUCACCUGCUUCCAAUGGCAACUCAACUGCUUAUCAAACGGCACGGAUAUCAGUUCACCACUCUUCAACGCAUGUCGAUCGGUGCAAUGUGGAACGCUCGACGCGGCGGUCGCAACAACGACUAUCUUCCCGACUUCACCUCCGGCUCUUGGUAGCAGUACACUGCAGAAUCCGCAGCAGCUCAAUCCUAACGCCAGAGCAGGACUGGGUGCAGGAUUGGGAGUCGCUGCGCUGUUCUCUCUGACCGCCAUCGUAUUGAUGUGGUUCUGGCAUCGACGCCCUGCCGCUUUAGCCACCCCUAGCAGAAACGAUAGUAGUUUGGAGACCCAGGUCAACACGCGGCCAAUGUCCGCGCCUGCAGAGAUCCAGAUGCGACGAGCCAGCGUCAAUGGUUUGGACCUGACGACGGUGAAGAAGCCUUUUGUCGCGGCAGCAGACGUGAUUGAUAGUCCUGGUGGUUCACCGCCCAGGCCAUCCUUUGGACAUGGCAAUGGCAAUGGGAAUGUGAAUGGUAGGGGCAGUGAUGUAAGCAGAGAUGGGAGACCAAUGUCGCACAGGAAAGGCGACGUGAGGAAAUUGGAGGCGAGGGAGAGUAGGAUGGUGGCACAGAGCACAGAGGAGCUGUAG